AGUGGGCCUGUCCCAGCUGCAGCUGUUUAAGCCCCGACCAGCCUCCCACACAGCAAUCCUCCCUCCCUCCCCCGGCUGAUAGUCCUGCCCAAAUUUAACUGCUCCUGCAGCAGGAUGGAGCCCCUGAUGGGCGUGCAGGAGCAAGCUUAUGCCUUGCAGCCCACUCUCCACCUGCUGGUGGGCCUGCUGAUCCUCUGCCUGCUUCUCCUCUUCAUCCUGAACUGCUUGCUCUUGCUGCGCUGGAGGCUCACUUGCCGAAGGGUCAGGGGGGAGAAGAUGCUCAGCCAGGGGGCCCCCCCUGCUUCCCCACAGCUAUUCCAGGUGGUCUCGGGCAGUGCUGUGGUCAGGCAGGGUGGGGGCGGGCGAGUCCUUCUACAGCCUGGCAAUGGCCCAGCAGGGCUUCCUGCCUUUCCACUUCCCUCGUCCUGCAGUCAGGGGGCUUCCCGACUCCAGACCCUCUUUGGCAGCCAAGAUCCACCAAGGGUCCCGCCUGGGAAGAGGGCAUCCCAGGGCCUGGCUUCCUCCUCCAGUGACCAGGAUAAGCACCCCAUCUUGGUACCCCCCAACACUCCUGACAUGGCUUCGGGGACCGGAGGUAUCCUGACUGCAGCAUUCAGCAGCAGCCGCCACACAAGCACCCAGAGGAAAGUUGGCAGCUGCAGCAGGUCCAUGUCUGCCACCCAUUCACACGUGGUGCCUUUUGAGUGUGGCAGCAGCAUCCAGGAUGAAGGCCAGAGGGCCCAGCUCAACUCUGCGAACUUCACAGCCUCACAAGGGCCAGGCCUGGACUCGGACUUUGGCGCCAGUGCUGGUGUCUCUGUGAGGAUCUUGUCAUCAGAUAGUGAAAGAAGUCCAACCACACCCCUGUUGUGUCAGCAACAGUCAGGGCUGUUUGAGUGGGACUAUUAUGAUCCAAGCUACAAGGGAAAAGCUCAGCUCCACCAACAGUUGCCUCGCAUCUGCAGCAAGCAGUACUGGCUAUAGCAGCAGCAGCACAGGGGAGUGGCAGUGGCUAUCAUGGAGACCAAACCCCUCCCACAGAGCUGCCUGCCUGCAUUUUUAACUUGAUUAUUCUAUGUUUUAAUUGGUGUGUAUGUGUAUUCCUCUAUUGUCUUUGCUCUCGAGUUCUGGCUGCGAAAAGAAAUUCCCUGAAUGUGGUGAAUGUCUUAACUUGGAAUGAGAUUUCCACAACCCCUCCAUGCAUGCUUAAUUCACACUCUCCCUCAAGCUCUUGGUUUCUCUGCCCAAACAGUCACACAUGCAUGGCUGUCCACCCUAUCACCUACAAACCCCUUAACACAGCUAGUUAAAGCAAAGGGACACUUGCACUGACAGGGAGAGGGAACGGAUUAGAAGAAAGUCACACACAUUUAUGCAGAGAAUCCAUUUGAGCAGGUCUUCGAUGACAGGAAGUUGCAAAUGGCAGAUGAACACAGAUAACCCUCACCCUAGCAUCUGUAGUUGCUCAUCUUACACAACCAGCACAGGUCCGUCUAUGCCAAGGUGGGUGGGAAGGAUGCCUACAGGGAAUCAGCCUCCUUCAAUGUAUCAUGUAGUGCCUGACUUGUGUUCUGUGAACUUCUGUUUAUUAAAGAUGCUGGAGCUUUUA